GCUUAGGUAUUCAUUGUGCCGCCAUUCGGAAUAUAAUACAGUGCGUGACGCAUUUGAAAUUAAGCAGAUCAACUCUCUUGAAUUUUGGUUUCAAGGCAGAUCCAUCACUAAACCCUCUGCGAUCGGACAGUAUUAACUAAAGGACCUCGAACCAACAAAGACCGCACUAUCUCACAAAAUCAGCACUGCUUCUCUCGAUUACGACCAUGGCUCAAGCGCAUUCACCGAUGCGGAUCUGCGUUGCAGUACACAAAAAAAGUCCAUCUUGGUCAAAGGCGUGGGACUCUCCGAACGAAAUUAUCUCAAUGGCCACCGAGUACCUUAGUCAACGAAACAACUUACCAACCGGCUUGACCCCUUUAUUCCUGGCCAAGGAGAGGUGGGAAACGCGUACAAUGAUUUGUUUUGACCUAUUCCACAAUGACUACGAACCGGAAAGCGCACACCUCGCAGAAAAGAAUCAACUCCCGGUUACUAUGAUCGCCCUAGCCACCGAUCUGGAGAUCAUUACCACGACCAAGUAUAUCCAGGUCCAAGUCAACCAGUCUAUCCGAGAGUUCCAUGAUUACUAUGGCCUUGGGAGCCGACCGCCUUUUGCCGUUGAUCAUGCGAAUGGCAACAUCCCGACAUAUCGAAACCCGCGGACGUGUCGGCGCCUCGGUUCGUAGGAUAAUUGAAGAUUUCCUGCAAGAAUGAAACAAAGUUUUAUCGCGUCCACGAAUACAUUCUGGCUUGUCGUUACGAAAAUUGGUUGGUGUAUAGUCGCGCAUUCGGUCAAAUUGAUAGUAUACCUAUGCGGCCGAACUUGCUGGCGUG